GGCCGCGACAUGCGUUUUUGCUUCGAGUAGGAGGGCACACCGCUGUUGCAUCUGGCUGUUGCGUCGCGCGACUUGCUUAUUCUACAACACCUUCUCACCCGACCAGACCUUGUGGUCGACGCCACCGACCAGCUACACGCCAAGUCUCUAUGCUCGUGUUGCCACCGCUGACUGCAGAAGGGUCGAACUGCGUUGGUGUGCGCCAUGGCGUCCAACGACAUUGGGGCUUUCUUGCUACCCGUCCGCGCGAACGCGCGUGUGGACCGGCUCAGCGACGGUCAACGGCGCGCGUUGCUUCAAAAUCGCGUCCAGGGGCUCGCACUGCUUCACGCCGCAUGGACCAAGCACGCGCGCAACGUUGACGCCCUCCUGCGCGCUGGCAUCAGCCCGGCUGCCACCAGUCACGAUGGUGUGACGGCGCUGCAUGUGGCGGCCACCAACGGGUUCGAAACGAUCGCUCAACGCCUGCUCGGAGCCGAUGCGUCACUCGCGCGUCGGAGCGACCAAAGAGGCUGUUUGCCACUGCACCUUGCGGCGGCCAACGGACACACCGACAUCGUCGAUCGACUGCUGAGAAAUGAAGGCGACAGCGGGCUCAAUUGCACCAACCAUGGUGGUGAAGUGCCCCUUUUCGUCGCGGCCAGAGCGGGUCACGACACAGUCGUUGCGCGCUUGCUCCAAGCCAACGCCAAGACCAAAACCAUCACCACCGACGGGUCCACGCUCCUGCAUGCUGCUGCGCUGGGUGGCAACACCAUUGUCCUCUCUCAGCUCUCUCAGUUCUUUACAUCUGUCGACCUCGGUCAAACGCCGUUGCAUGUAGCUGCCAAGGGAGGUCAAGACGCGGCAGUCCAGUACCUCUUGGAGGUCCACGCAAAUGUGUUUGCGAGAACCGAGGACGGUGCGACGUCGUUGAUGCUAGCGGCGUCGGCGACGAUCGCUGCAGCUCUACGCGGUGCCGAAGCCAACGCCCGGGCUUGGACCGUUGUGUGAUACCUUUUUCUUUCAUCUUUAAAAUGUCGCUGCGGUGAGAAUACAAUGGUAGGUUGAGGAGGGUUAACGAUCAGAUGAUACUGGCCUUUGCAGCGCUCUACUGGCAAAGCGUCAAUGUUGACGUGGGCUAGAAGUGGACCAUGUCCC